CCGAGACGGCCCGGGCCCGCCCCGAAACGGGCCACGACAGGCUAAUAGGGGGUCACAGAAGGGCCCAAGACGGUCCCAAGAUGCCCCGAAAACGCCCAAGAUGCUUUCAAGACGGCCGACGAACGCCCUCCGUAAACUUUUGCCUCAAUCCAUUGUGGUUGAAGGCGGCGGCUUUGGACAGGAAGACAAUCUGAUUGCUAUAUCCAACAUGUGGUGCAGUGCUCGGGUGAUCGUGCCCGUUUCGAACAGUGCUUAGCUAUGGGUUGUUAGUAGCCUGUGUAUGAAAAGGGAUGCAUUACCGUGGACGCCUACAACUACAACUGGUUUGAUGAGAUUCUCGGAGUCUGGUGGUUCAAAUGCGCAUGCGUUAUCUUUCAGCGACAAGGGCGCCUUCUGUUUUGAGGGCCAAUGCUCGUCGACCCACAGUCGCGACACGCAUGAGUUCCCCAACUUUUUCCUUGGCGUCGGACCUGGGGGAUCUGGGAGUACCAACCUCGUUCUCGAAUUGAACGCUCAUCCAAGUGUUUUUGUGGGCGACGCACACCUAAAUUCGCAGAAAUGCUGCGACAGCGAACUUUACGUGCUGAACAACCAGUCAAGGGCCUUUGAAAGGCAGAGAGCGUACGCGGCUUUCUUUUCCCAGGACGCGAUGGCGAAGCGAAGAACCCACUGGUUCGGGGAGAAAACUCCCCUUUACUCGGCUCACCGGCUGGUCCCCUUCCGUGCGAGGGUUAUUUUUGGCCCAUGGCUCAAACUGUUUAUCACGUGGCGUGAGCCAGCCGAGAUUUUCAUAUCACGGUAUCUCGGCCAGGUUCGCAGUCAGAAAAUACGCAACAAGACAUUCACUAAGUGGACGAACGCCAGGCUGAACGGUUUCCGUCGCGUGACAAAGUGCCGACAUGACAUUUUGCUCACCUUCGAGUUGACGGAACGCAUGAUCUACGAUCCGAGCUUCCCCCUUCCUGCGACGGCCGCCAUGGAAGAGCACCUUGUCAGACUGUGUGGCCCGCUGGCGAAUGAUGCAUAUGCAGCCUUGGAAGGGUUGGGUAUGUUCCGCCGUUGGGCUCACGUGUUUGAUCACCAGCAGAUUUUGUGCGUCCUUCUGGAGGACCAAAGCGCUAGAAUGGUUUGGGUGCGUGAUCGGAUGGCGCAGCAUCUCAACAUUGAUCGACACGGGUUCAAGAACAGUUCUAGAAAGCAGAAGGGAGUCAGUUCGUUUGACAGGCUCGAGACGCAACAGCGUGAGACGUAUGGCGAGCAGGCGGUGAAGCAAAUGUGGGGCACCAUCGCGGACAUACAGAACAUUCCUCGUUCGAGUUCGUUCACCGAAGACCAGCGCUUGUUUUCUGAAUUGUGCAGUCAGUGAUUGCGCUUUCCUUCCGCCCGUGCUCAUGCCUCCCCCUUUAUCCUUUCUCCUCCACAUCGCAUCCCCUCUCCCGCGCACUGCGCGCGUCCUCGUUCCUUGCCGCCCAUCCUCCGCAUUCCUUUUUAUACAUAUAGCGGAAGGAAGAGGAGGGGCAACUCUUUCUCGGGCAUGGGGGGUGGUAUACCCGAGCUCGAGAAGUGUAGAGCUCCGUCCACGGACGGCGGGUGGGUCGAGGGGCCAUCCGCUGGGACUGGCCGCAGCCUUCUCCUGCGGCAGGCAUCAGGCCUCCGGCAGGCAGCGUGCAGGAACAACAAAAAAAGACGGCCGACGAGCGCGCUCCAGGACGGCCUCAAGAGGCUCCCCAAGAGGGCCCUAGGAGGCAACAUUCGUACGUUGUCCGAUGGUUUUUGAAGGAUUUUGGCGUUCUCGCUUUUCCCGCUGCCCAGCGUUCCCUCGCGGCAUCGGCGGCCCUUCAGAUCGCUCGAAGACGGUUUCUAGUAGUGUCAAAA